AUCGUGUUUUAAUUUGUUUCUAUAGGCUCACUCAUUUGCAAGACGAACCAUUUGACGCGUGAACUGAUACAGUGGCGGGAGGUUACUUGUGGCUGAAAUAUAUCACGAUGGGUUGUAAUUUCGGAGUCAUUUGCCGUCCCAACGGCUUCCUGAAAAUCGUCGAAAUCGUACUUGGUUUGAUCUGCAUGAUCUUGCUGCGAGCGUACAACAUCGACUGGGGUCAAGGCGAUGCCCUCACUGGCCUGGACAGGCGUCUCAUGGGCAUCACGACGAUCGGUGGUAUGUUGCUCGUCACGAUCCCACUCCUCAUCUCCUACAUGAUCAACGAUACGGGCCUGGAGAAGAGCACGCUUCGUGACGCGGAACGUGAGCGGAGUGUCGAGGCACGUCCGCGUCACGCUUCUCCCGAUCGGAUGAGACCAGAGGAGGCCGAACACCAGGCGUUGUUGGGACGCUGGGCUCCGUUUAACCCGUCCAUUCGGGAUCGACACCUCACCUUGGUAGCCUCGAUCAGCGUGUCGUCGAAUUAG